AUGUUCAAAACCCUCAAGAACCGCCUCCCUCGCUCCCUCUCCCGCAAAGCAGCAACAGCACCCCCAGAAGCGCAGAACUCGGGCCCCGUCACCACCGCCGCCGUCGUCGAGAAAACACCGGCACCUUACCUCCCCGCUCCGCGGCGCAAAACAAGCACUCUCUUUGAGCUCGAGGCCCUGCUAUCCUCCAUCAUCGACUCGCACCACCACUGCGGGCAAGAUGCACGAGCAGUAGUAGAACGGGGCGAAAAAGCACGGGAAGGCAGCGGCGGAGGGGGAGGGGUGCUCCCUAGCUAUGAGGAGCUGUACAAAGAGCUCGAGAGGGAGAAAGAUGAUGCCGAGCCUCAGGUCUCGGAGAUAUCGGGAUUCAUGACUGUACAGAGUGUUCCUCAUCUGCCAUCCAGCCAGCAGCAGCAGCAGCCCGCGCCACCGAUAUUGAGGCGGAAGCCCAAGGGCCUAGUGGGCCACAAGCGGUCGACGCGCGAGAAGGCGCUAGAGGCCCUCAUGAGGCUUUUAGACCAAUGCGAGGAUGAUGAGGAAGAAGAAGAGGAGCGGGUCAAGCGUGCGCGGAAGUUUCCGAGCGUUGAGAAUAUGGGGGCCGUACGCAGGAGGGCGCUGGAGGGGCUGCGGAGGAGGGGGUGGGACGUAACUGUUAUCAGUAGUAGUGGUAGUAGGAGGAGGGAUGGUGGGCAGGGUGUAUUGCAUGCUGUUUCAUGA